AUUCGAUUACCGACUCGAUUGUCGAUUACGAUAGUUUUAAUUAAUUCCGUCUUUCUUUUUGCACAUCUCUAUUAUUGACGCCGAAGGAAGACGAGACGCCAUUAUUGUGAAAUUGGCUUUGAAAAUAAAAUUCACGUGCCGAAAUUAAGUACAAGGAAUAAUAAACAGUAAGAAAAAUACUUAAAAUGGCCGAUAACGACGACCUUCUCGAUUACGAAGAUGAAGAGCAAGCAGAUCAGCAGACCGCCGAUGGAUCAACAGAAGCGGCGCCAAAAAAAGAGGUUAAAGGGUCCUACGUAUCUAUCCACAGUUCCGGCUUUCGCGAUUUUCUUUUGAAACCCGAGAUCUUACGUGCUAUAGUUGAUUGCGGUUUCGAACAUCCUUCGGAAGUUCAACAUGAGUGCAUCCCGCAGGCAGUAUUGAGCAUGGAUAUUCUAUGCCAAGCAAAGUCUGGUAUGGGAAAAACCGCUGUAUUUGUUUUGGCGACAUUGCAGCAAUUGGAGCCCUCAGAAAACCAUGUAUACGUGCUAGUUAUGUGCCAUACGAGAGAGCUAGCAUUCCAAAUCAGCAAAGAGUAUGAGAGAUUCUCUAAAUACAUGUCUGGCGUUCGCGUUUCGGUGUUUUUCGGGGGUAUGCCGAUACAAAAGGACGAGGAGGUACUAAAGACUGCUUGCCCGCAUAUUGUCGUUGGUACCCCGGGCAGAAUUCUAGCAUUAGUAAACAGUAAGAAAUUAAAUUUAAAACAUCUCAAGCACUUCAUCUUGGACGAGUGUGACAAGAUGCUUGAAUCUCUAGACAUGAGGCGGGAUGUUCAGGAGAUAUUUAGGAAUACUCCCCAUGGCAAGCAAGUCAUGAUGUUCUCUGCUACCCUGAGUAAGGAGAUCCGGCCAGUAUGCAAGAAAUUUAUGCAGGACCCUAUGGAAGUGUAUGUGGACGAUGAAGCCAAGCUGACACUUCACGGGCUGCAGCAACACUAUGUCAAGCUUAAGGAAAAUGAGAAAAACAAGAAGUUGUUUGAGCUUUUGGACGUGCUUGAGUUUAACCAAGUCGUAAUUUUUGUCAAGUCUGUGCAACGCUGCAUAGCCCUUGCUCAGCUGCUGACAGACCAGAACUUCCCGGCGAUUGGCAUCCACCGCAACAUGACACAGGAUGAGCGUCUUUCACGAUACCAGCAGUUCAAGGAUUUCCAGAAGCGAAUCCUAGUUGCCACCAAUCUUUUUGGACGAGGAAUGGAUAUUGAACGGGUCAAUAUUGUCUUCAACUAUGACAUGCCCGAAGACUCUGACACAUAUCUGCAUAGAGUGGCCCGUGCUGGCCGCUUUGGUACCAAAGGUCUUGCGAUCACCAUGGUUUCUGAUGAAAAUGAUGCGAAGAUCCUGAAUGAGGUUCAAGACCGUUUUGAUGUCAAUAUAACAGAACUGCCAGAAGAAAUUGAGCUGUCCACUUAUAUUGAAGGACGAUAGAUUAAGAACUUUAAAGUAUUUCAUUCCUAUACUAAUUAAUUACAAAAUUUGUCAUAAAUUUUGACUUUUUCCAUCAAUCUGUUAAUCGAGUUUGUGAACUUUGGUUUCUUUACACUAAACUAUUUUAUCUGAUAAAUGUUUGGUUUGUAUAGUACUAAGUGUACACUAGAUUGUGUCCAAAUAUUUCUAGGUUAAAGAGUAAUUAAACUGACAUUGGUAUUGUACUAAA